GCAUGCAUUUCGCUUUCGCUUUGGGCCAGCCGGAGGCGGCGGGGCCGUCCCCUGAAGGCCUGCGGCGGGGCACCCGUGGAGUUAAUCCGAAAGCGUCGCAAACCCCGCGGGCCGAACUCCACGUGUCACCGAGAAGCUGAUGUAGAGAGAGACAGAGAGAGAAAGCAAGCAAGAGACCAGAGCCCCGGGAAAGUCCUGCCGCGCCUCGGGGCAAUUAUAAAAAUGUGAUCCCCUGGGUCGGCCUCCCAUCACCGCCCUCACCUGCUGCGUCCACCGUCCGGAUCGAGCUCCAGCCCAGUGUGCGCCCAGUGCCCGCUCAGCAUGUGCCCGCCGCGCGGCCUCCUUGUUGUAACCAUCCUGGUCCUCCUAAACCACCUGGACCACCUCAGUUUGGCCAGACACCUCCCCAUGCCCACACCAAGCCCAGGAAUGUUCCAGUGCCUCAACCACUCCCAAAACCUGCUCAGAGCCAUCAGCAACACGCUUCAGAAGGCCAGACAAACUCUGGAACUUUACUCCUGCACUUCUGAAGAGAUUGACCAUGAAGAUAUCACAAAAGACAAAACCAGCACGGUGGAGGCCUGCUUACCACUAGAAUUAACCAUGAAUGAGAGUUGCCUCGCUUCCAGAGAGAUCUCUCUGAUAACUGAUGGGGGUUGCCUGGCCUCUGGAAAGGCCACUUUUAUGACGACCCUGUGCCUUAGCAGUAUCUAUGAGGACUUGAAGAUGUAUCAGAUGGAGUUCAAGGCCAUGAAUGCAAAGCUUUUAAUGGAUCCUAAGAGGCAGAUCUUUCUGGAUCAAGACAUGCUGACAGCUAUUGAUGAGCUGUUACAGGCCCUGAAUGUCAACAGUGCGACUGUGCCGCAAAACUCCUCCCUGGAAGAACCGGAUUUUUAUAAAACUAAAAUCAAGCUCUGCAUACUCCUUCAUGCUUUUCGAAUUCGCGCAGUGACCAUCAAUAGAAUGAUGAGCUAUCUGAAUUCUUCCUGAAAAGCUCAAGUCUCUCCCAACCUUAAAGCCACUUGUAUAAAAAUGUGAAUCCCCCAAAAAAUAUUUCACAGGAUGUGGGUUAAGAACCAGGGAGGGGUAGCUUGACCUGGUCCUCCUAAAGCUAGUAUGAUAAUUCUCAUGCUUGUUUACAUUAGUCGCCACCCAAAAUUUGAAAGAUGUGGCUGUUACAUCCACAUAAUGCCUUUGACCAAGUAUAUUUCACAUUUACUAAGGAUAAGUUGUUAAGUUUUCACGAGCAAGUUGCUAAAGAGGGAAAAUGUCCUCCCUUGAACAUGUUUUUCUUUUCCCUCUAAUAGAAGAGCAAGAAUUUAUAAGCUAUUUCUGUACCUAAGUGUUUAUAGACACAAAUGCUCAAGCAUAAUUUAUUUUAAAAUAUUUAUAUAAUUUUGUGUUCAUGAAAACAUGUGAACUAAUUUAUAUUUAUUUAUGUUAUAUUUAUUACAAUAUUUAUUAUCCAGUGGAUUUGAGA